AUGUAUGAUCUUAUUGGUGGUAAAUUCACUGAGCUGGGGGGGCAUUUUGACAGAUUUGAUGAUAAAGAUCUGUGUUCCGUAUCUUGUUCUUUCACCUCGACGAAUCCCCAGCGCAACGUGGGUGAAGUAUCAGCCAUAAAACGCGUCCAAGCGAGAGCUUACUGGAGAGGUAGAUUGAUUGUACAGAGUACUGUCUUGAACGUCCAAUCGGGUGAUGCUUGGAGUGGUGGAAUUGAAGGCCGCUCGUGA